AGGGGGGCGGAGCCGGGCGGCUCUCCGGGAGGUUCAUCCGCCGCCAUUUUGCAGCGCCGGGCCGUCGGACCGCGCGGAAGUGGCGGCCGGCGAGGCGGGAAGGGACGGGGCUCGGCCGGCUCCUCCCCCGCUGGGGCGGAGAGGCGGGGACUGAGCGGGGCCGGGCAGCGCCGCAGCCGCGCUGGUGGGGGUGGCAGGGCCGAGCGGGGCUCGGAAUGUCGGCGUUCUCGGAGGCGGCGCUGGAGCGGAAGCUGUCGGAGCUGAGCAACUCGCAGCAGAGCGUGCAGACCCUGAGCUUGUGGCUCAUCCAUCAUCGCAAGCACUCGGCGCUCAUCGUCAGCGUGUGGGAGCGGGAGCUGCGGAAAGCAAAACCAAAUAGGAAGCUGACAUUCCUGUACUUGGCCAAUGAUGUCAUACAGAACAGCAAAAGGAAAGGACCGGAGUUUACAAAAGACUUUGCUCCAGUAAUAGUGGAGGCUUUUAAGCAUGUUUCAAGUGAGUCUGAUGAAAGUUGUAAAAAGCACCUUGGCCGAGUGCUCUCUAUCUGGGAAGAAAGGUCUGUUUAUGAAAAUGAUGUAUUAGAACAACUUAGGCAAGCUUUGUAUGGAGACAGAAAGGUGAAGAAGCGUACGUAUGAACAAAUAAAAAUUGAUGAAAAUAACUGUUCACCUCGAAGUUCUCCUACUGACCCUCCACAGACCAUGGAUCUCAUUAGAGCAUUGCAAGAACUAGAAAAUGCUGCUUCUGGGGAUGCAGCAGUUCAUCAGAGGAUAGCUUCUUUGCCUUUAGAGGUCCAAGAUGUGUCCCUGUUAGACAGGAUAACAGACAAGGAAUCUGGAGAGCAACUUUCCAAAAUGGUAGACGAUGCAUGUAUGUUGCUGGCGGAUUACAAUGGCAGGUUGGCAGCUGAAAUAGAUGAUAGGAAACAGCUAACUCGAAUGUUGUCAGACUUUCUACGAUGUCAAAAAGAAUUUCUUGCAGAGAAGGAACAUAAGCUGGAAGAAUACAAACGCAAGCUAGCCAGAGUGUCCCAGGUACGGAAAGAACUCAGAACACGUAUCCAGAACCUGCCUGACCUCUCUCGACUUCCCAACGUCACGGGCAGCCACGUACACCUGCCAUUUGCAGGAGACAUCUACAGUGAUGACUGAUUGCAGGAAUGCCCUUACAUAACCUCUACUUUUCCGUGAAAUGAGGGGUAGGUCAGACUGAUUGGUACUCUUGUAGUAUUAUUUUUGUAUAUUGUUGGAGAGUGUCAGUAAAAAUACUCUAAUAAUUUAUUAAAAAAAUGAUUUAAAAAGCUGAUUUGUUUACUAUUUUAUUGGCAAGUGAACAUGAGGGUACAUUUAUAGAAAGUGGCAUCUGCAUCUAUUAUAUUAAAGAAUGGGUAGCUAUCUUAUCUUUUGUACAGAUUUUGGUUGGGUGCCCUGUAAAAAAAAAAAAAAAAAAAAAGAAAAAAAAGAAAAAAAACUUGGUAAGAUUUUUUCCUAUGUACCCUAUAUUUAAUGUAGAUCAAUAUGUAAUCAGAGCAUACUUCUAACUUGAAAUGUUUCAGUUGCUAGUGAGGGAGUGAAACAUGGAAACCACAAGCUUAUGUUUGCAAGAUUAAUGCAAUUUAAUGCAAAGUUGAAAGUAAUCUUACUGUCCAUUAUAGUUAAACUACCCAGUCUGAAAAUAAGUCAGGUGGUUUAUUUUGAUGUAAAUGUUAGUAAUCAAUUUUCUAUUGGAAAACAUUAAUCAUGUUACACUGAGUAGAUCUUUAAAUGACUCAAAAUGUUGCAAUGUGUUAGUAUCAUUCAAAAGUCAGCAAAAGAAACUAUACAAUUGACCAUUUUAAUUAGAUUUCAAAAUUGGAACUUUUCUUUUUACAGCUUCUUAGUUUCUAAAUUGAGGAACCGUUCAAUUAUACUCUGAUCCCUUUCUGGAACACCUGUCUCGGACUAAAAAGGUUAAUUCCAGAGAGGUGAAACCAUUUUACAACUUUAAUUAAAUUGGAAGGUCAUUCUGUGAACUAUCCCAAUUGUUAAAUGCCCGUUACUAAAUCUGACACUGCUAUGCCCCAUUUAUACAUGCAGCAGAACUACACAGUCAAGUGGUAAGCUGUAUGGAAGCUCUAGGCCAAGCCACCCUCUUCCAGUGAGAAACCCCAGGGUCAGCAUAGGCUUCCAUUCUCCGAUCUCCACUUCUCCAGCAAAGAUUUCUAGAUCUUGAUGGUCUUUUCUCACAAGGAAGAGAGGAGAUGGUUCAGGCCAGUGUUUGAGUUGAACUAUGGAAAAUUAAUGCGGAGUGUGUUUUUUAAAACAACAAACACAACCGACCAACCUUUUGCCUGUCACAAUUGUGUCACUCAUCUAUAGGCAUUCAAGCUUGUGAAAAUUCCUUGUUUCAGUAUGAUGCACCAGCUUUUAACUUCACUUAAGAAUCCAAAGAUAUAGACAGGCAUGUAGAGGAUUGACAGGAAAUUUACAUUUUUCAGUCAUCUGGAGUUAGACACUUAGUUGAGGAAUGAUUCAAAAAAUGCCUACCCGUAUCCUUUGGCAUUUAGAUGACCUUAAAAACCUAGUCUGCAAGUGUUUUGAGUUUGAUGGAUCGUCUGAAUAUUCAUUAAUAACAUUUUGUUCAUAGAUUUCCUCGUUUGCAUCAGUUGAGUUCAGAGUUCACAGGCUUACCACUCUCUUCUACAUGAAAGCAAUCUUUAAGAAGUAAUCUCUUUUUCCUUUUCAAAAACUGCAACGAUUCAGAAUAGUCAUGGAAUUAAGUUUUUGAUGCUGGGCCAAUCCCUAGAAUGUUCUAUGUGUAGAAUAACAUUUCUUUUUAAAAUAUUUACACCUGCACAUAAAUACCCCAGUCCAAUUAACUUUUCUCAUGGAAGAUAUGAAUUAGACUUCAGUUAAAUAAGAAAAAAAGGGAGAAAAAAAAAAAAAACAAACAAAAACACAAACCAACAAGCUCUUGACCAAGCAUUCCACAGCACUCAAUGUAAGAAUAUUAAUGUCAUCACAAAUUCUAACUGCUGACAGGAAGAAAUGCUGAAAGUAGCUCAUGUGGGCUCACCGAUUGUCCAAAAUUUGUAAGUUAACUAUCAUUAAUCCAGAAAAGUGUUUCUUUAGUUUAGAUCUAAUAUGUGAAAUUAAGUAACACUUAUUGCCAUCUUUUCAGCUUACAUUUAUGGUGAGAAAAUGAACAUGCAGAUAAUAUUUAUGCAGCUUUAAUAUUUUUGUUGCAGUUAAAACCGAGCUUGUAAAUUUUAGAAGUCUGUGUAUGUGCAUUACAGCUGUGGUUCAAGUUCAGCUUUGCUAAAGAACAGCAUUGAAUUUAUUACAAGUAUUAAAAUAAUACAACCCACUAAGAACUAUAAAACAAAUCAUAGAACAGGAAGGAUAAAUAGUUAGUUCACUGUUGAAUCCCAUCUGUGGAAAUCAUUUGUACCCAGAGGUGAUGACAAGUGCGGUGCCAUGGCUUGCUAGAGCCCAUUGAAGGAUCUAAGUCAUGGAUACUCAAAACCACAGGGAAUAUAUUAAACUUAAACUAUCUAUUCUAAUGAACUACUUUGAAUGGGAAACUGGUACUGUCUGGAAUAGCUAUGAGUAAAACAUAAAUUGGUGAAAAGUCAACAUUUGGGAAAUUUUCUGUAUUGUUGUUGUUGUUGUUGAAAAUGAAUUUCGCACCAGUUUCUGCUUAUAAUCACAAUCAUAUUCCAUAUCUUUUUAAGAGUAUGUUAUUUUCCAUUCCAAAGCUGACUUCCAAAGCUUCACAGGAAUACAAAGGCAAUUAUGACUUUCAAGUAAGAUUCAGCUGUCUUAAUUGUUAGGGAACUCUUAUGAUAGUCGUAGUUGGGGCUUCAAAUUAAAUUUAAAAAAAAACAGACUUAUUUACUAAAUGAUUUCUUGAAGUCUUGGAAAGACCUGAAAGUUGCUGCUCUGCCUUUGAGGCUUUUCCUUAACUUGUAAAUCUUAGGUUCUUGGAGGCAGAACUUUUUCUAUUUGAUGCUCCAUGGAGGGAUCCUUAGCUGCCUUUCCCACUCCUCUGUAUGAAACACUGCUCAUCACACCAGGACUCUUACUACCUUAAUUAAAAUUUAAUAAUGAAGUAGAAUGCUGAAUUUCCUUGACUUCUCAAGAGAAUUUAAAAAGCUACAACACUUACUUCACUAGGUUUGUUUUCCUGUUUGUAGUGUUAUCUUUGUAAUAAUGUUGCUUAUCUGAAGAUAAUGCAGAACUGAUAAAAAUUAGGAAAAAUCUCAACCUUUUUUUCAUUGUAUAUAUGUUUUAAUUUUGAGAGAGUGUUAUUUUAUGUACAUAUUUUUUUCUUUAUUUUACUGUGUUAAUUGUUUACUUCAUGGAGUAUUUCAUAGUAGUACUUUUGGAAAUUAUCCCUCAAAAUUUGUUUGGAAAAGAGGACUUACCAAAGGUAAACGUCACUCUUACAGCAGGUGUCUCAUGUUAGUGGCUGAAUGGUAUGUUGGUGGUUUUUUUUAUUAUUACUUCUACGGGAAAGGCAUUGUGUAUCAACUAGUUAGAAGAUUUAUAUUGUAACUGCAAUAGUAUAUUAGGAGAUAACAUGGUAUGAUACAAAUGCAGCCCUGUAGUCUCAAGAUACCUCCAAAUUCUCAGGUUCCAAAGCUUGUUGUGUAUACUUCUGACAUCUCAGGAAGAAAAGAGGCUGGGUGGGGAAAGUGAGUGCCUAGAAGCUAAAAGGGGAAGAAAAUGCCUGAGUAGGAAUGAGAAGCAAAACAAAUGUCAGUGCUUAUCAAAAAUGGAAAUCACAGUGUGAAACUGAGCAGCACAAUGUUUUUUACCUGUUUAUGGGAUUAUAUAAUGGAACUACUCUGGGAGUAUUACCACACUGUGAAACAUGUGGGUGCACCCUGCCCAUCUCUUCUAAUGUGGUAUGACUCUACCCGCACCAGAAUGCCCACCCUACAAAAGGCACAAAUAUGAAAUGUCUGAACAUGUUUCAUUUAAUACUAAAUCCUAAUAAUCAGAUUAUUUGCUUCACUAUAUUGCACUUUUAUUGAGCAUUCUUUGAAAAAAAAAGCAAAGGCAAUCCUGCAGCUCUUUGCCGUAUGAGAAUGCUCACCUUGGAGGUCACUGGGACUGCUCGUGUAUUUCUAGUCUUUGCAGGUUCAUGCUGUAUUUUUGCAAAAUGUUUUGGCUACCAAGAACAUUACCCCACUUCUCUGGUUUUAGAAGUAAAUGUGAAACCCUUAAUUACAACACUUAUGGUUCUUAGAAACUGUGUUUCAUUGCUCCUUUUGAAAAUUAUAUACUGUGGUAACAUUAGCUUGUCCGUCUCACUCAGUUAAUGUUUGUGGUAAUACAUUGAAGCACCUUGGCUAAUCCCUAUGAACACAAGCCAAAUUUCCUGCUUAUUAUGUAUUUUAUGUGAGUAGUCUUCUGAAUGUCAAACAGAGAUCUUUCAUUAUAUUAAAUAUACAUUCCUGUUUUCCUGAAGUUUUAAAAGAUAAUGUUUUAGGAUUUUAACAAACUAAUAUUCUCUCCCUUGCCAGUGGCUGCUCAGUCUGGUCAUUUAAUGAUUGCCCCAAUUACAUGUCUAGGAUGCAGUAGUCCCCUGCACAGAUGAAUAUGGAGAUCACAUGUAGACUUGAUUGCCCCUCUGCAGAGGAGCGCUAUUUCAACCUGCUGAAAUGUGAGCAAAUAGAUUCAUGUUUUUUCUUCUUUGGAAGGAUUGGUGAAAUAGGAAACCAGCACAUCUAAAAUUUGGCUGCUACGUUUACAAAUAUUUAGGGCCAGUUCUGCUCAUUGCUCAUGCAUAUAACAACAGCGACUAUUCCUGCAGAUAAAGAAAGCAGAUUCAAAUGUUAUGUCUAAAUAAAAUGGAAUAUAUAUAUUUUUUCAUAAAUGACCAGUUUUGUCUCAACUCCUAUUUCAGUGUGUCAUUUAUCUUAAGUAGAUCUCUUCCAUCAUGUUAUUUAGAAAUCUAAUUCUGAUUUCAUCUUUACAGCAUUUAAAGUAUCCUACUAAGCAUGAUUUUGUGGGAAUUUGCAGAAGUUCAAUAGCACUCUUGUUACUUAUUUGCAACAGAAAUAGACACGUUUGUUAAAAGCUAAGCAGAAAAGUUCAAAAUGUAAAGAUGUUUCAUUAUUGUGUUCUUCUGACAGAUUGUGUAAUCCUUGUGUAAUUUAUGUCCUCAAAAUAACACCUGUAUCUAUGCUCUUUCAUAUUUAAUAAAAUAAAACGUUGUUGUAAAAUA